UUCUAAACCGGUUCAGUGAAAUUUGUGUUGUUCGUUAUCGAGACUUGCCGUUCAUAUAAUUACUAUUGUGUAAUCAAAUAUGUAAUUAUUCAGAGCACAAUUUUUGUAGACGUUCAGUGAAGUCACAUAAUUAGCAUUUAAUGUAACUAAUUCAGUCACUCAAUUGACAUUUUUUCUGUAAUUUAUAUCAUUGUAUUGUUUAUAGUCGAGUGUUUUUCAGCUAUCGGGGAAUAGUUGGCCAAUUUCUUUUCUCCACUGGUAAAACUAUUUUUGUGUAUAAAUAAUGGACGAGCUUCAAGACUCAACUAAAGGAUCAUUUCCAAAUGAAUCCAGUCAGAGUUCUAAAAGUAUAACUGCUGGAAAGAGACAGUAUGAUAUAGUUUUACUGGGAGCAUCUGGUUAUACAGGAAAACAUGUAUUAAAAGAAAUGGGGCCAAUGAGCCAGAAAUAUUUAUUUACAUGGGCUGUAGCUGGUCGAAAUAAGAAAAAACUUCAAAAAGUUUUAGAUGAUAUGUACAAUGAUGUAGAUGGUUACAGUGGUGAUAAAAAUAUUGACAUAAUUGAUGUAGAUGUAGAAACCCCCGAAAGUGUUCAAUUAAUGACAGCAUCCACUUCCGUAGUCAUAAAUUGUGUUGGACCAUAUUAUAUGUAUGGUGAAAUUGUAGUUAAAUCAUGUGUGUUGAAAGGAACACAUUAUGUUGAUGUAACUGCCGAGUCUUUGUUUAUGGAUAAAAUGGUAUAUAAUUAUAAUAACGAAGCUGAAAAAAGUGGAUCAGUAAUUGUAAAUGCCUUAGGAUUAGAGAGUGUUCCUGCUGACCUUGGCGUAGAAUAUUUGUUUCAAAAAUUUAACGGAAAUUUGCAAACUAUUGACGUUUAUAUGAAACUGUAUCGUAAAUCAUGUAGUAUUUUUCGAACUAGUGCAAUACUUCAUGAUAACACUUACACAAGUGCAUUAUUACAUUUAGCGACAAAAAAAGAACGACUGCAAGUAAGAAAGUUAUUAGAUGAAUCAAUGGGCAUAAAUACACGACCAAUACCUAAUGUUACUAAAAUAUUGCACAAACAGAAUAUUGAUGGCGCCUUAGAAUGGUGUGUACCUUUUCCAGAGCCAGAUCAAAGUGUUAUUACUAGAUCAUUACAUCACGCCAAAAUGGUGGAAAAACGGAAUGUCAAUUGUCAUGCGAGAUGCUACUGGGUUAUGAAUCUAUUAAUUAUAGCAAUUUUUGGUUUAUUUGUAUAUGUUUUAUUGUCAUUAAUGGUAAAAAUAACCUCGAUGAUAAACAUUUUUACUCGGUUUCCAAGAAUAUUUACAUUGGGAAUUGCUAGUCAAAAAGGUCCAGACGAAUUAUUUAAUGAAGAUUCGCGAAUGUCAUUGACAAUUAUUGGUCGAGGAACAACUUCAGGUGAUACGUUAAUAAAUGAAAAUGAUGCUUCGAGAAUAACCAAAGUUAAAGUUAGUGCUAAUAGCCCAGGCUACGGUUUUACUAGUAAAUCAGUAGUUCUAGGCGCUGUAACUCUACUAAAAGACAACAUUCCAAAAGGUGGAGUUUUGACACCAGCUUCUGCGUUUAGAAAAACCAAUUUUUUAAAUCGAUUAGUUGAACAUGAGGCUGCCAAAUUUGAGUUAAUAUCAGAUACUGUAAAUUAUUGACAAAAAACAACACAAAUUUAUUUUAUGAGAAAGACUAAUUGUCAAAAUUAAUAAUUGUAUUAUAAUUUUUUGAAGUUAAGUAUUUUUUAUUUUAUAAAUGUCAUAUUUUUAAAUACGAAAAAUGUUUAUUUUACAAGAUGA